AUGAACCUAAGCUUUUUCGACCAAUUUUCAAGCCCAUCCCUAUUAGGAAUCCCCCUAAUCUUAAUCUCAAUAACAUUCCCAGCCCUCCUCUUACCCUCCAUAGACAACCGAUGAAUCACCAACCGACUUUCAACCCUUCAACUAUGAUUUGUCAACCUUAUCACAAAGCAACUAAUAAUACCCUUAGACAAAAAAGGACACAAAUGAGCGCUAAUUUUAACAUCACUAAUAGUCUUCCUCCUGCUAAUUAACCUCCUAGGCCUCCUACCAUACACAUUCACCCCCACAACACAACUGUCAAUGAACCUAGCACUAGCCUUCCCACUAUGACUGGCCACACUCCUAACAGGACUGCGCAACCAGCCUUCAGCCUCUCUAGGCCACCUACUACCCGAAGGUACCCCAACACCCCUAAUCCCAGCCCUAAUCAUAAUCGAAACAACCAGCCUACUAAUCCGACCCCUAGCUCUAGGAGUACGCCUAACGGCCAACCUAACAGCAGGCCACUUACUUAUCCAACUGAUCUCUACAGCCACAACCGCCCUGUUCUCCACAAUACCACUGGUCUCCCUACUAACAUUCCUAGUAUUAUUCCUCCUUACCAUCCUGGAAGUAGCAGUAGCCAUAAUCCAAGCCUAUGUCUUUGUCCUCCUUUUAAGCCUUUAUCUACAAGAAAACAUUUAA